UCCCUCUGGCUGCAUAUUGGGGUGUUGGGGGGAGCUGCCAUAGUCCAGGUGGGAGAGGAUGAAGGGUGGACCAGGAUUAGGGCCUGGGACUGGGGUGAGGGAUGAAAUUCUGGAAAUAUCUUGAAUGGAGCUACUGGGCCUGCACAUAAGAAGGAUGAGAGAUGGAAGGCAAAGUCAGCCAGCCCUGUUCAGGCUGGGAUGAUUGCGGACAGUGCAGGCCACAGCCAGUCAGGUGUGACAGCCCAGCCAGGAUGAUGGGGCCAGGAAGGCCUCAUUCCUGGGCUGGCUCCUGGAGGCCUUUCUGGGGGAGGAGUCCAUUGGCAGAUCUAUCCCCUAGACGCUGCCAAAGCCAUGUAGCACGGUGAUUAAAAGCCCAGACUCUAUAGCCAGGCCACUGGGAUUCAAGUCUUAGCUCCAUUACCUAUGUGCUGUAUGCCCUUGGGUAAAUGGCUUAACUUCUCUGGGUAAGUGCUGUGUGAGCACUAUGUGAUAAUGACAAUGACAGUGAUUAUAGGAGUCUCCACAAAAUCAUCCCUCUGAGACAUCCCUUGUCUAAGGUGGACAUGGAGUAGAGGUCAGGUCUGAUAUGUCAGAGAGAGAAAACACCCACCACCACCACACAUCGAGACCCCUUCCCAAACUGGUCUGGUUCGCAGGCCUUCGCAAAGGCGCUAUCACAGCAGUAUGGACAAUAAGAGCUGUGCCCGUUUUCCCAUCCCUCUCUUUUUGCCCUUGUCCCUGCUUCAUCUCUCUCCUUCUGUCUCCAUGCCUCACAUCCUUCUUCGUGGCCAUUUCUUCUUCUCCCCGUCCUCGGUGUCUAUAUACCCUUCCCACCGUUGCCUCCAGUCUUUUCAUCAAUGCAAGCAGCCUCGCAGUGUCUCCGCCCCCGCGCCUGGUUGGGGGUGACAGCGCAUGCGCCAUCAGCGCCCCUCCCUCUCCACCCCCAUCCCCCGUCGGCGUCCGGGCCUCGUCCCCUUCUCUCUGUCUCCUUCUCCCCCAUCACUUCCUCAGACACUGGCACCCCAUUACUCCAGUUUCCCCGGUUUCAGCUUUGGUCUCCAGCCCCAGACACCCAAGGAUUUGCCUGAAGGCCACCCCCAACUCUGCACCUGCCCACUGAGUGCCACCAAGGACCAUGACUAAGACAGAUCCCGCCCCGAUGGCCCCGCCGCUCAGGGCGGAGGGAGAAGAGGAGGAGGAGGAGGAUGAGCCUGUCCCAGAGCCCCCCAGCCCCACCCAGGAGCGCCGGCAGAAGCCUGUUGUGCACCCCUCGGCACCUGCCCCCCUCCCCAAGGACUACGCCUUCACCUUCUUCGACCCCAACGACCCUGCCUGCCAGGAGAUUCUGUUUGACCCGCAGACCACCAUCCCUGAGCUGUUCGCCAUUGUGCGCCAGUGGGUGCCCCAAGUCCAGCACAAGAUUGAUGUCAUUGGCAAUGAGAUUCUGCGUCGAGGCUGCCAUGUGAAUGAUCGUGAUGGGCUGACCGACAUGACACUGCUCCAUUAUGCGUGCAAGGCGGGGGCCCACGGAGUCGGGGACCCCGCGGCGGCUGUACGCCUCUCGCAGCAGCUGCUGGCACUGGGCGCAGACGUGACCCUGCGCAGCCGCUGGACCAACAUGAACGCGCUUCACUACGCGGCCUAUUUUGACGUGCCGGAUCUCGUGCGCGUGCUACUGAAGGGUGCACGGCCCCGAGUGGUGAACUCCACGUGCAGUGACUUCAACCAUGGCUCAGCCCUGCACAUCGCUGCCUCCAACCUGUGCCUGGGCGCAGCCAAAUGUUUGCUGGAACACGGCGCCAACCCGGCGCUUCGGAACCGAAAGGGACAGGUGCCAGCGGAGGUGGUCCCAGACCCCAUGGACAUGUCCCUGGACAAGGCAGAGGCGGCGCUGGUGGCCAAGGAGCUGCGGACGCUACUGGAGGAGGCUGUGCCGCUCUCCUGCGCCCUCCCCAAGGUCACGCUACCCAACUAUGACAAUGUCCCAGGCAAUCUCAUGCUCAGUGCACUGGGCCUGCGCCUGGGAGACCGCGUGCUACUGGAUGGCCAGAAGACGGGCACGCUGCGGUUCUGCGGGACCACGGAGUUCGCCAGCGGCCAGUGGGUGGGCGUGGAACUGGAUGAACCUGAGGGCAAGAAUGAUGGCAGUGUUGGGGGUGUCCGGUACUUCAUCUGCCCUCCCAAGCAGGGUCUCUUUGCCUCUGUGUCCAAGAUCUCCAAGGCAGUGGACGUACCUCCCUCAUCUGUCACCUCCACACCUCGGACUCCCCGGAUGGACUUCUCCCGUGUCACAGGCAAAGGCCGCAGGGAACACAAAGGUAAGAAGAAGCCCCCAUCAUCCCCGUCUCUGGGCAGCCUGCAGCAGCGUGAAGGAGCUAAGGCUGAGGUUGGAGACCAAGUCCUCGUCGCAGGCCAGAAGCAAGGGAUCGUGCGUUUCUAUGGGAAGACAGACUUUGCCCCAGGUUACUGGUACGGCAUAGAGCUAGACCAGCCCACCGGCAAGCAUGAUGGCUCUGUCUUUGGUGUCCGGUACUUCACUUGCCCCCCACGGCAUGGAGUCUUUGCACCAGCAUCUCGAAUUCAGAGGAUUGGUGGAUCCACUGACCCCCCUGGGGAUAAUGUUGGAGCCAAAAAAGUACAUCAAGUGACAAUGACACAGCCCAAACGCACCUUCACAACAGUCCGGACCCCAAAGGACAUCGCAUCAGAGAACUCCAUCUCCAGGUUGCUCUUCUGUUGCUGGUUUCCCUGGAUGCUGAGGGCAGAGAUGCAGUCUUAGAGGCUCUGGACAUCUGAGAGAGACAGAGCCUCCUCUAGCAUCUCCUGACACAAGGAGCCCCCGAGUCACCCUGAGAUAGAGAUUCCCAGUAACACAUCCAGAAUAGAGACCCCCAUUAGCCAGCCCUCGAUCACUGAGGCCCCAUUAUUAACAGGUUCCCUCAUGAUAACCCCC